AGUCAAAGUCACUACAGCCUCCUAGAGUUACAAAAUAACUAAGGCCAUUUUAAAUCUUUCUUCACUUGAUAUUUACGGUUAAAAACACCAUGAAAGUCGCGGUUCACGUGGAGCGCUGGAACGCACCACAGAGGGGGCAGUCUUUUAAAAGUUUUCAGGAAGGUGUUUGGCAAAACGAAACUGUCCCAACUUUGACAGAAAGAUUUUUUUUUUACAACUCAUCUCUUCACAGUGUUGGACAGGCAUUUUUUUGGGUGAAAAAAUGCAGAGCAGUGCUUACGGGGCCUCGUUGGCUGGAGGUGCUUUUGAUUUAGAGAAUUUUGUAAAACAGCCUCAGACCAUUUUGCGCUGCCUGAGCUGGUUAUUCUCCAUCGUGGUCUUUGCAACCAUCACAGCAGAAGGCUACACUAAUCAAUCAACCGAGGAAGACACCAAGUGCAUGUUUAACAACAACGACAGCGCCUGCAGCUACGGGGUCGGAAUCGGAGUCCUUGCCUUCUUGGCUUGCGUUGUCUUCCUCAUGCUGGAUGGCUUCUUCCCACAGAUAAGCAAUGCCAAAGAGAGAAAAUUCAUUGUUAUAGGAGAUUUUGUCUUUUCAGCGGCUUGGACGUUCCUGUGGUUCAUCUGCUUCUGUCUGCUGGCCAACCAGUGGUCCAAAACUGACUCAAAAACUGUUGCUGCUGAUGCCGCCCGGGCUGUCAUUACCUUCUCCUUCUUCUCGAUCAUCACCUGGGCUCUCCUGUCCUACUUUGCGUAUGGAAGGUAUCGCCAAGGCAUCAGUGAGUUUGACCAGGAGUACAGAGACCCAGCCAACGACCAAACCACUCCAUACCCGCCUGCUCCGUAUGCCAGCAGCGGCCCCACAGGCUACCAGCAGUCGCCUUUCUCCCACAACCAGGAUCAACCAGGAGAGUACCAGCCUCCAGCAUAUUGAAGGACUGAGAUUCAAACGCAUGAAUCUAACAGGGGAGUCUUCUUUUUAAAUAAAAAUAUGUGCCAAUGGUUUCAUUUACAACUCGGACUGUUCUCAGUCCGAGUUGCACUCCCAUUUUCUUCCUGCAGAAUGUGUUUGCAUAUUUUUUGGCUGCACUGAUAUGUUUUUAGUUCGUUUCAUUGUUGAAAGUGGUUUGAUGGGUGUUUGCUGUGUUGUUCCAAAGUGCCAAACACAGCAGGUGAACUCUGAAAAUGUAAGUUUUUUGUCUUGGUAAGAGAGAGGAUGACCGCGCCAUUGUUGUCUUUGUACCUAACCAACUGUAGUUAUUUCAGUGCCCCCUUUUGUUUAAUUUUUGAAUGCAAUGUGAGAGCUUUUAAUAUCAAAGCACUAACCAACAAACAGGUUAGGAUUUACUUUGUUGCAGGGAAAUCUGCUUUGCAUUGUCAAGAUGGACAAUUGAAAUUUUUUUAUGAAUAUGUUACUGUUUAGUACAUAUAAAUAUAUUUUAGUUUUUAUUAGUUCAGUACAUAAUGUUUUUCAACCACAAAACAAACCCAUAUUAUUUAAUCAAUGGGUGCAUCGAAUGUUCCCCCUGUAACUACUGUAAUGCCAUUAUUUUAUUUCUUUUUUUAUUAAUCAAUCACAGAAAAAUGGCUUUUAUGCACUGAAAUACAGUUAAUUUUUUUGUGGAAGUUCAUUGCAUAUCUGAUCUAACAUUGUUAAUUUUAAUGUUUUAAAUCCAAUUCUGCUACAGUUUUGUUUAUUAUUUAAGGGUGUUUUUUUUUUCCGUAGCCAAACCAUUAAUUUGUAUCCGCUACCUCUAGAAGUUUAAUGUGCCUUUCUUGAAUUCAGUUACAGUCUUUAAAAAUGUCCAAUUCAGCAAAUGUUUCAGCCAUAAUUUGAUUUCAGGAAUUCAGUGGUAUUGGGGUAAAUUGAUAUAUUUAUUACCUUACUUAAUCCUUCCAGUACAGGUAUAUGACAAUCAAACUGUAAUUCUUUUCUCCAUUACUUUUUUCGCUUGCUUUUCAUUGCUUUCUCACACUAUAGUUGCACCUUUUACAUGAGUGGCAGUUUCACUGUUGUACUCGAUAGCUUUCCAAUAAUUCCCCAUUAAAGUGCCUUAUACAGUACUCUGUAUCACACUGGGUUUGCCAAAUAAAAACUGUUCUCGUUUUGAA